AUGGUAGCAUCUCUCACACGGACUGCGCUUUUGGCAGCGACUCGGGCGCUGCGUCGACCUACAGCGCUUCCCGGACCGCUCCCACGCUUUACACCGCUUCGAACAUUCACCACGACCCUUCCCCGCCCUCAUGGAGGCAUCACCCGCCCUCCUGCCGGCGAAGGCAUUACGAUCAACUUCGUCGACCCCAAGGGUGCCCCACUCAAGACUGUCACCGCCAACGAAGGCGAUGACCUGCUCAGCAUAGCCCACGAGUACGAUAUCGACCUCGAGGGCGCCUGCGAAGGCUCGAUAGCGUGCUCCACCUGCCACGUCAUUCUCGAACCCGACGUCUAUGAUUCUCUCGAGGAGCCGUGCGAUGAUGAGAACGACAUGUUGGAUCUCGCCUUUGGACUGACGGACACAAGUAGGCUGGGCUGCCAGGUCAAGGUCACCAAGGAACAGGAUGGGAUGAAGGUCCAGCUCCCAGCCGCCACAAGGAAUAUGUACGUCGACGGUCAUAAAGCAGGUCACCAUUGA